AUGGGAUCAACGGACUACUAUGAGAUCCUUAAUGUCGACCGGGGCGCCACCGACGACGACCUCCGCAGGGCCUACCGGCGGCUGGCCAUGCGUUGGCACCCCGACAAGAACCCCGCCAGCAAGGCAGACGCCGAGGCCAGGUUCAAGGAAAUCACCGAGGCAUACAACGUGCUCAGCGACGCCGACAAGAGAGCGGUGUACGACCAGUACGGGGAGGAGGGCCUAAGCGGCGCGGUGCCGCAGCCCGGCAGCGCGGACGACAUCUUCGCCGAGUUCUUCGGGAGCACGCCGUUCACGUAUAGCAACAUGACCGGCGGCGGUGCCGGCAACGCGCGCGGCGGCAGGCAGCCGCCGCCGCCGCCACCAGAGUGGGACGGCGGGUUCGGCCGGGCGUACCGCGGCGACCAGAGCGCCAGCGGUGGCGCGGCGUCGACCAUGGCGCCGCCACCGCCACCAGUGGAGAGCAGGCUGGCGUGCACCCUGGAGGAGCUGUACGUGGGCGUCACCAAGAAGAUGAGGAUCUCCCGGAACGUCGUUGACGCCAGCGGGAGGAUGAAGACGGAGUCUGAGAUUCUGUCCAUCGAGGUGAAGCCGGGGUGGAAGAAGGGCACGAAGAUCACGUUCCCGGGCAAGGGAAACCAGCAGUGGAACCAGCUCCCCGCCGACCUGGUCUUCGUCGUCGACGAGAAGCCCCACGCCGUGUACCGCCGCGACGGAAACGACCUGGUGGCCGAGGCCCGGAUCACUCUCGCUGAGGCGCUGGGCAGCACGGUCGUAGUCCUCACCGCGCUCGACGGCCGCGAGCUGGCCAUGGACGUGGGCGGCUCCGGCGGCGAGGAGGAGGAGGAGGAGGACGCGCCCGUGGUGCGCCCGGGCUACGAGCUGGUGGUGCCGAUGGAGGGCAUGCCCAUGCCGCGCGAGCCCGGCCGGCGCGGCAGCCUCAGGAUCCGGUUCGACGUCGUGUUCCCGGAGCGGCUCACGCGCCGCCAGCGCGCGCAGAUCAAGCGCGUCCUCGAGAGCGGCAGCGGCUAG